AUGUCUGCGACAAUAAGAAGAGAAGACCCCUUCAAGCCCGCGAAGCGAGUCGCUGGGCAGAAGCAGGAUGUCUGGUCCAUUGUCAAUGAAGCUGCGGCGGCCUCGCCUGUGCAGCCCAUCGUCAACAUGGGCCAGGGCUUCUUUGGCUACAACCCUCCCAAAUUCGUCCUCGAUGCCGCUAAGGCUGCCCUCGACCAAGUAGACUGCAACCAGUACUCGCCCACCAAAGGCCGCCCGCGGUUAAAGAAGGCCAUUGCCAAUGCCUACUCUCCUUUCUUCGGUCGCGAGUUAGAUCCCGACAAGGAAGUCACAAUCACAACCGGUGCAAACGAAGGCAUGCUUAGUGCCUUCAUGGGCUUUCUGGAAGAAGGAGACGAGGUCAUCGUCUUCGAGCCCUUCUUCGACCAGUACAUUAGCAAUAUUGAAAUGCCAGGUGGAAAGGUUGUCUACGUGCCCCUGCAUCCCCCCAAAGACGGUGCGACCAAGACAACGUCUGCAGCUGAAUGGAGUCUUGACAUGAAAGAACUGGAAGCUGCCAUCACACCCAAGACCCGCAUGAUUGUCAUCAACUCUCCCCACAACCCUAUUGGCAAGGUCUUUUCCAAGGAAGAACUGCAAGCUAUUGGCGAUGUGUGCGUAAAACACAACAUCAUCAUCCUCUCAGACGAAGUCUACGAUCGCUUAUACUAUGUUCCUUUUACCCGCGUCGCUACGCUUUCACCGGAGAUCGCCAAGCUCACAUUGACUGUCGGCUCAGGAGGCAAGAACUUCUAUGCUACUGGUUGGAGAGUUGGCUGGCUGAUCGGUCCUGAGCACCUGAUCAAGUAUGUCAGUGCAGCGCAUACACGAAUCUGCUACAGCAGUGUCUCGCCGCUUCAAGAAGCAACGGCCAUUGGUUUCGAGCAAGCCGAUGCACACAACUUUUGGGAAGAGUCAAAGAAGGAGAUGAAAGCAAAGAUCGACAAGUUUACCGCCGUCUUUGACGAGCUCAAGCUACCCUACUCAGAGCCAGAGGGCGGUUACUUCGUGUUGGUGAACAUGUCCAAGGUCAAACUACCAAGUGAUUACGAGUUCCCCCCUCAUGUAGCGGAAAGGCCGAGGGACUUCCAGCUCAGUUGGUUCUUGAUCAAAGAAGUUGGCGUGGCAGCUAUCCCCCCGACUGAGUUCUUUACUCCAGGUAAUGCGCACAUUGUCGAAGACUGGUUACGGUUUGCCGUGUGUAAGAACGAUGACGUCCUUGAAAGCGCCAUGGAAAGGCUAAGGAGUCUCAAGAAGUAUAUUCAGGAAUAA